AUGAGUGAUACUGUCCCAGAUGAUGUUGCGGUGGCGCAGGAUAAGGGUCUGACUCGCAAGGAACGGAAGAAGCAGGAGAAGGUUGAGAAGCAACACGAAGAGCUGCGCCUCUUGAGUGAGAGAGCUAAUAAUGUGAAUAAAGAAGGUGAUAAUCCAUUUUCUGUCACGUGGGAGCAGGAUCAAGUUGCUGAGGGUUCACGAAACAUCUCACUCAAGAGGGUGUCGGUGUCUGUUAACGGCAAGGUUCUUUUCAAGGAUGCAACUGUGCGAUUGUCCGCUGGUUCGCGGUACGGAUUAAUGGGUCCUAACGGCCGUGGUAAGUCUACGAUUCUUCGUUUGCUGGGUUCGCGGGAGUUGCCUGUGCAGUCCAAUCUGGAUCUUUUGUUGGUGGAGCAAGAGCAGGAAUUUCAUGCUUCUGAUGUGAGUGCUGUUAACGCUGUUCUGGAGAGUCAUAAGAAGCAAAAGGAGUUCACCAAAGAGGCCGCUCUACUGCGGGAGAAAGUGGAGCUGAGUGAAGAGGAGAUGGUGCGGUUACAGUUCCUUGAAGAAGAGCUGGAUAUGAUGGGUGCAUCGCAAGCGGAUGCCCGAGCUAGGCGCAUUUUGUUUGGUCUUGGAUUCCCUACGGAGUGGCACGAACGUCCGACAAAAAGCUUCAGCGGUGGAUGGCGCAAGCGCAUUGCAUUGGCUGCAGCAGUUUUUAUUGAACCGGAUGUUCUCAUGCUGGACGAACCGACUAACCAUUUGGAUUUGAACGCUGUCAUUUGGUUGGAAUCCUAUCUGUGUGAACAGUACCGUGAGACUGCACGACGUCCCAAGACGCUUAUUGUCGUGUCGCACGAUGCUGGAUUCCUUGAUGAGGUUUGCACGCACAUGGUGCACGUGGAGAACCACUUGCUGAAUUACUAUCGGGGUGGUUUCAGCGGCUUCGAUGAGCAGCUGCGUCAGAGGCACCAAGAGCUGGACAAGAAGUAUGCUGCUGUCACUAAAACAAUUAAGGAUAAGAAGCGCAACGGAAUGUCUAAUGCGCAGGUGGACGAAUGGAUCAAGGAUCAGGUUCGCACUGGUCGAUUAGACCCGUUGUACCUUGAAAAGCGCCGUGACUACAUAGUCAACUUCCCCUUUGCCGAGCCUCCAGAACUCCCGGAUGCUUGUAUCGUCAAAUUGGAGGAUGUGUCCUUUAACUACCCUGGGGGACCGGUUCUAUUUGAGCGUGUUAAUUGCGCACUAUGGACAGAUAGCCGCAUCACACUCUGUGGCCCCAAUGGUAUUGGCAAGAGCACAUUGCUGAACCUUAUGACAGGUACACUUGAGCCUACUGGUGGAAUUGUCACAAUGAAUCGAAAGGUGCGUGUUGGUCGCUACAAUCAGCACUUUGUGGAUAAAUUGCCGUUGGAGAAGACACCAGUGGAAUGCAUACAAUCCCUCGGCAUCAGCGAGGAGGACAAAGCGCGUCGUUUGUUGGGAAGCUUUGGUUUGGAGGGUAUUGUGCACAAAAAUCAGAUUGCGACACUUAGCGGUGGACAAAAAGCGCGUGUUGCGUUUGCCGCAAUUAGCGCAGAGAUGCCUCAUUUCCUUCUUUUCGAUGAGCCGACGAACCACCUGGAUGUGGAGUCUAUUGAAGCUCUUUGCCAUGCCAUUAAAAAUUUCAAGGGUGGUGUUUUGGUCGUCACACAUGACGCUCGUUUGAUUGAGGAGACAGACAUGCAGAUAUGGGAAGCGGGGAACCGUACCGUGGUGCCUUUCAAUGGGUCAAUGAACGACUAUAAGAAUAAGGUACGGAAGGCUUUUGAGCUGGAAGAGAUGGAGGUAAUGAAGGAGCGGAAGCAGGCAAUGGAGGAUAAGCAGUUGAACAGCCGACUUGCACGCGAAGGUGGCGGUAAAGAUGUUGACACAUUGAAGCGGGAAAAGAAAGAGGAGCUGCAGAGACAGCAAAUGGCGGAGGUGGAUUUAGCAUUCAGCUCUUUGGAUAGAAAAAAGAAAAAGAAGAAGGAUAAAAAAGACAAAGCGGACAAAACUGAGUAA